AUGAACGCAAAUGACUUAUCUAAAGCUAUUUCCGAGAGAUUUACCACGGGAUACUACAGCAGAUGUUUGGAGCUAUGUAACAACAACCCUAGAAUUUCAACUUCAGAACUUAUCGCGCAAAGAUGCAAAAUUUGUCUAAAGCAAUUCUCGGACAUGACCGUCCUUUGCUCUUUGGACUCAGACGAUCCAAAUUCACGGGCAAUCGCUUUGUCUAAGCAGAUAGCUGAGUUAAGGAAAGGCACCGGUAAGAUCCCCCUGGAACACAAAGAAAUGCUAUUCCAAAGCUUAAAUGAUUUUAUGUACCACGGCAGUUCACAAGAAGAAUUACUGCCCGAAUCACUAACAUUACUGGCGGAUGCUUAUCUCCAGUUGGAAGAUCAUAAGUCUGCAAUCAAAUUGUGUUCCAAAAGCAAUGCACAAACCUGUGCCAUGGGGAUGUACAUACAUUUGAGGAUGAAUACUUACAGUAUGGCAUUGGAAAUAUCUAAAAGCGUGGCACUGCAACACAAUAAUUCCCCUACAUGUUUACUGGCUUCUGCCUACGCAAACUUUUCCAAUGGGAAGUGGUGUGAGGGAUUUGACCUUAUUAGCUCUGCGGAAAGGGCGCUGGAUGCACUAGACCCAAUGAUCGUACAGCAACCCGAUUCAGUCUGUUUUGCCACGGCAAAAGCUAUUGGCUAUAUGGGCAUGGGAGAUUGGCAGUUGGCCCUGGAGCACCUGGAACAGGUUAAAAAUGACCCCUGCAAUGAUGGAAAUUUGUUGGCAAACAUGGUGACUUGCUACUGGAAUUUGAAUAACGAGGAAGGGGCGCAGAAAACGUACAAGCUUUUAGAGGAAAGUUAUCCGAACAACACUUUGGUCGUGGAUACCAAGUUUAUCACACAAUGUGUGGAGGAAUUUGAAGCUAAAUACUGUAAAUGA